UCAGCUACAGUUUAUUGACCUAGAGCCGGAGUCAGCAUUCAGAAGUCAUUCUUCUUCAUGUAGUCUAACUCCAAUCCCCAGACGUCUGCAACCUGUCUCUUGGCUGUUAAUGUGUUAAACUCCAUUUAUAAGGUGUUGUAAAUAUGAGCAGGGGUGGAAGCUGGAACUUGGUAUCCUGCUGCGAUUCGCUGAACUCAUUGGAGACAACACAGAAGAGGUCGCGUGUAUCUCGCAAGCCGGCUGUAACUAUUUUCAUGAACAGCCAGUGGUUUAAAAAGCUGACCUGUGAGAAGAAUCAGCUUCAAUAUUUCUAGCGAUUUCAGCAAUAUCCCUUCCUCAUGGCCAUGUCAAAGUCUAAGAUAGCAAUAGGACUUUCAGUAUUCGGACUUUUAGCAGUUGUUUUUGGGACUGUCCUCGCGUUUGUGGGACCGGCUGUUGUUAAGGAUCAGAUAAUAAAGAAUGUAGAACUCAACCCCCAAAACAAACUGUCCUACACUAUGUGGAAAGACAUUCCUGUACCAUUUUUCAUGUCCAUAUACUUUUUCAAUGUUCUCAACCCUGAAGAGAUACUGGCAGGAGAGAAACCCACAGUUGAGCAAAGAGGUCCAUACGUGUACAGAGAGAAGCGUUGGAAAGACAAUAUCACGUUCCAUGACAACAAGACAGUGUCUUAUCGUGAAUAUCGGCAGUAUUUCUUUGAGGAGAGCAUGUCUAUAGGCAAUGAGUCCGAUGUGGUCACCAUCCCAAACCUGCUGGUGCUGGGAACAUCAGUGAUGGUGGACAUAUUGCCCAUUUCAUUGAAGAAAAUGAUAAGUUUCUUUUUCAAUACUUUUAAGGAGGGCCCCUUUGUAACAAAAACUGUAGGCGAGCUUAUGUGGGGAUACAAUAGCAAGCUGGUGGACUUUCUUAACAGCAUUUUCCCGGGUUUGAUGCCAAUUAAAGGGAAGUUUGGACUAUUUGUUGAGAUGAACAACUCCAACACUGGAUUGUUUACUGUCUUUACGGGUAAGGAUGACAUCAAGGUAGUUCAUAAAGUGGAUUCCUGGAAUGGUUUGAAGAAAGUAAACUACUGGAAAUCAGAGCAGUGUAACAUGAUCAAUGGUACAGCAGGCCAGAUGUGGCCACCAUUCAUGACCAAAGAAUCCAAUCUUCCAUUUUACAGUCCAGAUACCUGCAGGUCAAUGGAGUUGGUGUAUAAGAGACCAGGAACUUCACAAGGAAUCCCUGUGUAUCGUUAUGUGGCUCCAAAAACUCUCUUUGCCAAUGGCUCGGAUUAUCCUCCAAAUGAAGGCUUCUGUCCGUGCAGACAAUCAGGUCUUCUUGAUGUUAGCACUUGCAGGCACAACUCCCCUGUGUUCCUUUCCUAUCCACAUUUCUACAACGCUGAUCCUGCACUUCUGCAGACUGUCAAUGGGCUUAGCCCCAACGAGAGAGAUCAUGGACUCUUCAUUGACAUACAUCCAGACACUGGAAUACCCAUGAAUGUGUCUGUUAAGAUGCAGCUUAACCUGUUAAUAAAGCAGGUACCAGGAAUUGCACAAACUGGUAAAAUAGCUGAAGUAGUGAUGCCCCUGAUUUGGUUUCGAGAGAGUGGCUACAUUGAUGGCCCCAUGGUCAGUAUGUUCCGUAUGAACCUUGUCAUUUUACCUAUGGUUAUGGAGUAUAUGCAGUACAUCUUCAUUGGAAUUGGACUGUGCUUUAUCAUAGGAGCAGUGGCUCUGCAACUUAGCAUUAAGAUAGACAAGAAACAAGGGACAUUUGGAGUCACAGGAGACCAGGGGGGAAGCAAUAAAGACACAAAUCAUGACCCAACUCAAAAAGAAACAUAUAUUGCAAAAGAUACAGAUAGAAAUUACAAAUCUGUGCAGAUGUAAACCCAUGAUCAUUGGACAAUGAAGAAACUCCACUGGCACAGAACAUCAAGUAUUACAGUGCUUCCUCUGCUUUCACAGCACAGACUUUCUUCUGUCCUAAUUUUAAGAAUCAUAGAAAACUAAUGGUGGCGUUUGUCUUCCUUAUUCUGGGAUUAUAUCUGUGUAAGAUUUCAGCUGGGUUGCAUGUUUUCUUUAAUGCAUUUUAUAGAUUAUUCUUUCAAAGGCUUUUUAUCAUUCAGUAUUUCAACUGGCAUGGAUUAACAAAAGAGCUCUGUUCAUAAAAUACUAAAAGCACAAAUGAGUUUCCUAUUUUACUGUAAAGAUGUUUAUUAAAAAUGUUUAUUGAACAUAAAGAAUGACAAUAAGCAGUUGUUAAUUGUUUUUAAAUAUUCUGUGCUUCUUGGUUACUGUUUGUGGUUUAUACCAGGAUUGGAGCUUUUAUUUAUCAAUCCACAGGAUGAUAUUCUAUAGCCUGGUUGUGUAAGUGUGUACAACACUAAAUUUGUACUUUGUAGAAGCACCUUUUGAUUUUCUUACACCACUUAACCACUCUUUUUGGGUAAGAGUCUGUUAGCAUGGCACAACUUGCCUUGGCAAUAUUUUCCCACUCCAGAUGUACCUAGAACAUUUCUUCUACAAUCAUCAUAAUGUUAGGGCAUCUCCGGUGCACAUGUAACGGUGCUGAGUUACAUUCUCAGCUCUGGCAAGGUCAAUCAAAACAUUCCUUUGUUUAACUGGAUAAAUGAUACCUAAAGGUUUUGCACUAAAAUAAAUUGAUAUGUACACUAUAUUGCCAAAAGUAUUCGCUCACCCAUCCAAAUAAACAGAAUCAGGUGUUCCAAUCACUUCCAUGGCCACAGGUGUAUAAAAUCAAGCACCUAGGCAUGCAGACUGUUUUUACAAACAUUUGUGAAAGAAUGGGUCACUCUCAGGAGUUCAGUGAAUUCCAGCGUGGAACUGUGAUAGGAUGCCACCUGUGCAACAAAUCCAGUCGUGAAAUUACCUCACUCCUAAAUAUUCCACAGUCAACUGUCAGCUGUAUUAUAAGAACGUGGAAGUGUUUGGGAACGACAGCAACUCAGCCACGAAGUGGUAGGCCACGUAAACUGACGGAGCGGGGUCAGCGGAUGCUGAGGCGCAUAGUGUGAAGAGGUCGCCAACUUUCUGCAGAGUCAAUCGCUACAGACCUCCAAACUUCAUGUGGCCUUCAGAUUAGCUCAAGAACAGUGCGCAGAGAGCUUCAUGGAAUGGGUUUCCAUGGCCGAGCAGCUGCAUCCAAGCCAUACAUCACCAAGUGCAAUGCAAAGCGUCGGAUGCAGUGGUGUAAAGCACGCCGCCACUGGACUCUAGAGCAGUGGAGACGCGUUCUCUGGAGUGACGAAUCGCGCUUCUCCAUCUGGCAAUCUGAUGGACGAGUCUGGGUUUGGCGGUUGCCAGGAGAACGGUACUUGUCUGACUGCAUUGUGCCAAGUGUAAAGUUUGGUGGAGGGGGGAUUAUGGUGUGGGGUUGUUUUUCAGGAGCUGGGUUUGGCCCCUUAGUUCCAGUGAAAGGAACUCUGAAUGCUUCAGCAUACCAAGACAUUUUGGACAAUUCCAUGCUCCCAACUUUGUGGGAACAGUUUGGAGCUGGCCCCUUCCUCUUCCAACAUGACUGUGCACCAGCGCACAAAGCAAGGUCCAUAAAGACAUGGAUGACAGAGUCUGGUGUGGAUGAACUUGACUGGCCUGCACAGAGUCCUGACCUCAACCCGACAGAACACCUUUGGGAUGAAUUAGAGCGGAGACUGAGAGCCAGGCCUUCUCGUCCAACAUCAGUGUGUGAACUCACAAAUGCGCUUCUGGAAGAAUGGUCAAAAAUUCCCAUAAACACACUCCUAAACCUUGUGGACAGCCUUCCCAGAAGAGUUGAAGCUGUUAUAGCUGCAAAGGGUGGACCGACGUCAUAUUGAACCCUAUGGAUUAGGAAUGGGAUGUCACUUAAGUUCAUAUGCGAGUCAAGGCAGGUGAGCGAAUACUUUUGGCAAUAUAGUGUAUGUGCAGUUGUGCUGAAAAUUUUGAAAUUUGAAGAAAUUGUUAAACAUUGCCGUUUAAUUGGAAAACAUGACUUAUAAUGCAAACGAUUUUUUUCUUAUUUAAGGAUAGUGGUCACAUGAAGUCAUCAAUGGAAAAUAAGAGGUUCUGUUGAUAAUAAGCCACGGUCAGGUAGACCAAGAAAGAUUUCACCCACUAAUGCAAGAAGAAUUGUUCAGGAGGCAAAGAAAAACCCAAAAACAACUUUGAGAGAAAUACAGGCUGCUCUGGAAAAAAGUGUUGUUGUUUCAAGAAGCAGCAAUAAGGAGGUACUUGAAUACAAAUGACCUGCAUGGUCGAGUUGCCAGGAGAAAGCCUUUACUGCACCCAUGCCACAAAAAGACCCGCUUUCAGUACGCGAGACAGCACCUAGACAAUCCUCACAGCUUCUGGAGCAGAGUCAUUUGGAGUAAUGGGACCAAAAUUUUACUUUGUAGUCACAACCAUAAACGCUGUGUUUAGAGAGGAGUCAACAAGGCCUACAGUGAAAAGAACACCAUCCCCACUGUAAAGCAUGGUGGUGGAUCUCUUAUGUUUUGGGGCUGUGUGAGCUCCAGUGGCACAGGUGGCAAGAUGAAUGCAGCAUGUUAUCAGAAAAUAUCAGCAGACAAUUUUUGCUACAGCAAAAAAGGUGAAGGUUCUGGAGUGGCCAUCACAGUCUCCUGACCUUAAUAUCAUUGAGCCACUUUGGGGAGAUCUCAAACAUGCAGUUUGUGCAUGACAACCAAAAGAUUUACAGGAACUGGAGGCAUUUUGCCACGAGCGGGCAACUAUACCACCUGAGAGAAUUAAGGACCUCCUGCACAAUUAUUACAAAAGACUGCAUGCCAUCAUUGAUACUAAAGGGGGUAAUACAUGAUAUUAAGAAUUAAAGGUAUGCAAACUUUUGAUCAGAGAUUAUUUCCUCAUUUUCUUUAUUGUCAUGUUUUGUUUGAUGAUUGUGCCGUUCUGUUAUGCCUUACAUAUGAACUGGUUUCCUAUAAGAAAUAAAAUAUAUUUGUUUUGGCUUCUCACCCAUGUUUUCUUUAAAAAAUAGUACACAUCUUGCAAAUUCUCCCAAUGUAUGCAAAUGUAUAUAUUUUUGCAAACUGAAUAUUCAGUUCUUUAUUAAGAAAUGUAAAUAAUUUCUGAUCCUGUUUUAAUUUGUACCUGUAGAUGAAAG